CCCCUCCCGCCCCGCGGAUGCUCCGGGGCAGCGGCGGCCGCGGUGCCGUGCGGGGCCAUGGCGGCCCCGGACAGCUGCGUGAAGGUGGCCGUGAGGAUCCGUCCGCAGCUGCCCAAAGAGAAGAUAGAGGGGUGUCACAUCUGUACCUCAGUAACACCUGGCGAGCCCCAGGUGCUGCUGGGCAAGGACAAGGCCUUCACCUAUGACUUUGUCUUUGACCUGGACACGUGGCAGGAGAGGAUCUACACGACGUGCAUGGGGAAGCUCAUCGAGGGCUGCUUCGAGGGCUACAAUGCCACUGUACUGGCCUACGGGCAGACUGGAGCAGGGAAGACCUACACCAUGGGCACUGGCUUUGACAUGAGCAUCUCGGAGGAGGAGCAGGGCAUCAUCCCCCGGGCCAUCAGCCACCUCUUCAGCGGCAUCGAGGAGCGCCGGCGGGCGGCCCAGAGCCAGGGCCUGGCAGCGCCCGAGUUCAAAGUCAGCGCCCAGUUCCUGGAGCUCUACAACGAGGAGAUCCUGGACCUGUUUGACAGCACCCGCGACCCUGACGCACGCCACCGCAAAUCCAACAUCAAAAUCCACGAGGAUGCCAGUGGGAGCAUCUACACCACGGGGGUCACGUCACGCCUCAUCAGCUCCCAGGAUGAGCUGAUCCAGUGCCUAAAACAAGGAGCUCUUUCCCGCACCACAGCCAGCACCCAGAUGAACGUGCAGAGCUCCAGAUCCCAUGCCAUCUUCACUAUUCACCUGUGCCAGACAAGAGUGUGUGCCCGCCCAGAGCUGGUGAAUGAGGAGGUGAGCAGCCUUCUGGAUGGAUCUCAACCUGCUGCUGAGUACGAGACCUUGACAGCCAAGUUUCACUUUGUGGACCUGGCUGGCUCGGAGAGGCUGAAGCGGACGGGUGCCACUGGCGAGAGAGCCAAGGAGGGCAUCUCCAUCAACUGUGGGCUGCUGGCCUUGGGGAAUGUCAUCAGUGCCCUUGGAGACCAGAGCAAGAAGGUCGUGCACGUGCCCUACCGUGACUCCAAGCUCACCCGCCUGCUGCAGGAUUCCCUUGGGGGCAACAGCCAAACCAUCAUGAUUGCCUGUGUGAGCCCCUCUGACCGGGAUUUCAUGGAGACCCUGAACACGCUCAAGUACGCCAACCGGGCUCGCAACAUCAAGAACAAGGUGGUGGUGAACCAGGACAAGACGAGCCAGCAGAUCAGCGCCCUGCGCGCCGAGAUCGCCCGGCUGCAGAUGGAGCUCAUGGAGUACAAGGCAGGCAAGCGGGUGAUCGGGGAGGAUGGCACGGAGGGCUACAGUGACCUGUUCCGGGAGAACGCCAUGCUGCAGAAGGAGAACAGCGCCCUGCGCAUGCGCGUCAAGGCCAUGCAGGAGGCCAUCGACGCCAUCAACAGCAGGGUCACCUACCUCAUGAGCCAGGAGGCCAACAUGAUGCUGGCCAAAGCAGGUGAUGGGAACGAAGCCAUCGGCACCCUGAUCCAGAACUACAUCCGGGAGAUUGAGGAGCUGAGGACGAAGCUGCUGGAGAGCGAGUCCAUGAACGAGUCCCUGCGCCGCAGCCUCUCGCGGGUCUCUGCCCGGCCCCUGUUCCCCGUGGGCUCCUCGCCGGGCGCGGGCCUGGCCGGGCUCUGCAGCCCCGCCGCUCCCCUGGACACCGAGGCCGCCGACGUGCUCCGAAGGGCCAAGCAGGACCUGGAGCGCCUCAAGAAGAAAGAGCGGCGGCAGCAGAGGAAGAGCCCAGAGAAGGAGGCGUUUAAGAAGCGGCAGAAACUGCAGCAGGACAAUGGGGAGGAGACAGAUGAGAACGAGGUGGAAGAGGAAGAGGAAGAACAGGAUGAGAGUGGCUGUGAGGAAGAGGAUGGGCGUGAGGAUGAAGACGAGGACUCGGCCAGUGAAGAGAGCCUGGUGGACUCAGACUCGGAUGCAGAGGAGAAGGCUGUGAAUUUCCAGGCCGACCUGGCGGAUCUGACCUGUGAGAUUGAGAUCAAGCAGAAGCUGAUUGAUGAGCUGGAGAACAGCCAGAGGCGUCUGCAGACCCUCAAGCACCAGUAUGAGGAGAAGCUGAUUCUACUGCAGAACAAGAUUCGGGACACGCAGCUGGAGCGGGACCGGGUCCUGCAAAACCUCAGCACCAUGGAGUGCUACACAGAGGAGAAAGCCAACAAGAUCAAGGCAGACUAUGAGAAGCGGCUGAAGGAGAUGAACCGGGACCUGCAGAAGCUGCAGGCAGCCCAGAAGGAGCACGCUCGCCUGCUCAAGAACCAGUCCCGCUACGAGCGGGAGCUGCGGAAGCUGCAGGCAGAGGUGGCCGAGAUGAAAAAGGCAAAGGUGGCGCUGAUGAAGCAGAUGCGGGAGGAGCAGCAGCGGCGCCGGCUGGCCGAGACCAAGAGGAACCGGGAGAUCGCGCAGCUCAAGAAGGAGCAGCGCCGGCAGGAGUUCCAGAUCAGGGCUCUGGAAUCUCAGAAGCGACAGCAGGAAAUAGUGCUGCGGAGGAAAACCCAGGAGGUGUCGGCGCUGCGCCGGCUGGCCAAGCCCAUGUCCGAGCGGGUGGCGGGCAGGACGGGCCCGAAGCCAGCCAUGAUGGACUCGGGCGCCGAGGUCUCGGCCAGCACCACCUCCUCCGAGCCCGAGUCCGGCGCUCGCUCCGUCUCCAGCAUCGUGCGCCAGUGGAACAGGAAAAUCAACAACUUUCUAGGAGACCCCUCGUCCUCCAUUAACGGGGCUCGGCCUGUCAGGAAGAAGUUCCCCAAGAAGGGGACGAGCCAGACCUUCAGCAAAGCUGCCCGCCUCAAGUGGCAGUCCCUGGAGCGGCGCAUCUUCGACAUUGUCAUGCAGAGAAUGACCAUCACCAACCUAGAGGCUGACAUGGAGAGGCUCAUCAAGAAACGUGAGGAGCUAUCGCUGCUGCAGGAGGCAUUGCUGGGCAAGCGGGCAAAGCUGCAGUCAGAGAGCCCCAAGGAGCAGAAGGGUCUGCAAGAGCUGAACGAGGAGAUUGAGGUGCUGGGGGCCAACAUUGACUAUAUCAACGACAGCAUUUCAGACUGCCAGGCCACCAUCAUGCAGAUUGAGGAGACCAAGGAGGAGCUGGACUCCACGGACACCUCGGUGGUGAUCAGCUCCUGCUCCCUGGCCGAAGCGCGGCUGCUGCUGGAUAACUUCCUGAAAGCCUCCAUCGACAAGGGGCUGCAGGUGGCCCAGAAGGAGGCGCAGAUCCGGCUGCUUGAGGGGCGCCUGCGGCAGACAGACGUGGCCAGCUCCUCCCAGAACCACGCCCUGCUGGACGCCCUGAGGGAGAAGGCUGAGUCCCACCCCGAGCUGCAGGCGCUGAUCCACAACGUCCAGCAAGAAAAUGGCUACACCAGCACAGAUGAGGAAGUUUCAGAGUUCAGCCUGGCCUCAGAUGGGAGCAUCUCCCAGUCUUUCACCAUGAAGGGCUCAGCAAGCCAGGAUGACUUCAAGUUCAAGGGAGAGCCCAAGCUUUCGGGGCAGAUGAAGGCAGUGUCAGCUGAGUGUCUGGGACCCACGCUGGACGUGUCCACCAAGAACAUCACCAAGUCCUUGGCGUCCCUGAUGGAGAUCAAGGAGGACGGGAUCGGCUUCUCCAUCCGGGACCCCUAUUACAAGGAGAAGGUGUCGCGCACCAUCAGCCUGCCCACCCGGGGCAGCACCUUUCCCAGGCAGUCCCGGGGCUCAGACACUUCGCCCCUGACACGGCGGAAAUCCUACGACCGUGGGCAACCUGCCAGGCCUGCAGACAUUGGCUUCACACCACCCUCCUCCCCACCCACCCGUCCGCGCAAUGACCGCAACGUCUUCUCCCGUCUCACGAGCACCCAGAGCCAGGGAUCUGCCUUGGACAAGUCUGAUGACAGCGAUUCCUCUGUCUCGGAGGUGCUGAGGGGCAUCAUCAACCCAGUGGGUGGCACCAAGAAUGCCCGGACAGCCCCUCUGCAGUGUGUCUCGGUGGCAGAGGGACACACCAAGCCUGUGCUCUGCCUGGAUGCCACCGAUGAGCUGCUCUUCACUGGCUCCAAAGACCGCAGCUGCAAAAUGUGGAACCUGGUGACGGGCCAGGAAAUCGCCUCUCUCAAGGGCCACCCCAACAAUGUGGUUUCCAUCAAGUACUGCAGCCACACGGGGCUGGUGUUCACCGUGGCCACGUCGUACAUCAAGGUGUGGGACAUCCGCGACUCCGCCCGCUGCGUCCGCACCCUCACGUCGUCUGGCCAGGUGAUCUCUGGGGACGCGUGUGCCGGGACCAGCAGCCGCACGGUCACCAGCGUGCAGGGCGAGCACCAGAUCAACCAGAUCGCGCUCAACCCCUCGGGCACCGCGCUCUACGCGGCCGCCGGCAACGCCGUGCGCGUCUGGGAGCUCAGCAGGCUGCAGCCCGUGGGGAAGCUGAGUGGCCACAUUGGGCCCGUGAUGUGCCUGACCGUGAACCAGACAGCGAGCAACCACGACCUGGUGGUCACAGGCUCCAAAGAUCACUACGUCAAGGUGUUUGAGAUCACGGAGGGCAUGGUGGGCAACAUCAGCCCCACUCACAACUUUGAGCCUCCUCACUACGAUGGCAUCGAGUGCCUGGCCAUCCAGGGAGAUGUCCUCUUCAGUGGCUCCAGGGACAAUGGCAUAAAGAAGUGGGAUCUGGAGCAGCAGGAACUUAUCCAGCAAAUCCCCAAUGCCCACAAAGACUGGGUCUGUGCCCUGGCCUUCAUCCCCGGCCGCCCCAUGGUGCUGAGUGCCUGCCGAGGAGGCGUCAUCAAAGUCUGGAACGUGGACACCUUCACCCCAGUCGGGGAGAUCAAGGGCCAUGACAGCCCCAUCAAUGCCAUCUGCACCAACUCCAAGCACAUCUUCACUGCCUCCAGCGACUUGACAGUGAAGCUCUGGAGUGGGAGGAGGUUGCCUGCGGGGUCAAACUAGGAACUGCAGAAAGACUGGAAGGCGUGGGGCAGGGUGAAGGGCAGGGUACCUCCCCCUGCUCUCAGGAUUCGGUCACUCACAGGAGCUCAGCCCAGCACAGGGAUUUCUUUGUGCCUGACCCAACGGGGUGGACAAUGCUGCAUCUGGUACUCCGAGCACUGUCAGCUCCUGUGAGGAAGCAGCUCUGUACGGCACCAGCAGCUCCAUCUGCCCUCCUGCUGAGGCUUCUCCAUGGUUCUCCAGUGAACAGGAAAUGUUUCAUCUCUCUUCUCGCCCAUCCUGCUGUAAGGACUUUGGGGGUCAGAGAUCCCUGACUCCUCAGAGACACCCAGCUCCCUCCUGCCAUGUGGGCCCCGUGGCUCUGCCAUGCUGUGCUGCUCCUGGGCUGGUUCCUGCAGGAGUCUUCUCCACUCCACAAGGACAUUGGUGUCUGCUGGCCAGGACCACAACACAGAGGAUGCUUCUCUGGAGCCAUUACUUGUGAGACACCUCUGCUGUGAGGACUGCAGAAGGAUUUCCUGGUACUCCCAGCCUUCCCUUUCCUGUGUGGAUGUGUCCCCAGUGGUUGGAGGGUGCACUCUGAGCUCCUUUGCCAUGUCCCAUCUCGUGAGGCACAGCAAGCCUGGGAUGAGCUCCAUUGGGCAACUUCUAGACAGAUCUGCUGCAGUUCCUUUGACACUCUCCAAACCCCAGUUGUAAACUCAACUGGCCCCUGGCUCUGGGCUCUUCCCCACAUGCCCAGCCCUGCUCUGGACAUUGUGACCCCAUCAGGGCUUUGUGCUGGGCUCCUGCAGCAGUUAACCCCCUGGAGAUGGAGAAAUGAAGCAAGAAUGGAGGUUACAGGGCAAAAAGGCCAAGGCUGGAUUUGGACCCCACUGCUGCGGCUCUGUCUGUCCUUCCCUUAAAUUCCUCUCUCAGACCUCUGCCUGGACUGGAGCUUGCUUAGGCUGGGCCUGCAUGAAUCCAAGGCUGGAGAGGAGCCAGCAAGGCAGGGAGCAGCCAGAGUCCCCUGUGGCAGGAGCAGAGGGGGGAGGGGGUUGCACACUCUGACCUUGCACAAGUCCCCUGACUCCCCCUGUGCUGGAAGGACAAUCCUGCCGUGGAUGAUCUUGCAUAAUCUCAUCUCCUGGAGGGUCUGGGGGCUUCACCCAGGAGUGUUUCCCCAAGCCCACAUUCUGCAGGCUCUUUCCUCUGUGUCUCCUGUUCAAGGGAGGCUGGCAAGGCCCUGGUCUCACACUGGAGUUUCCCUCCAUCUCUCCUAUGGCCCAUUGGACCAUCCCCUGCUCUGUCCUGCCCUGGGCCACCCAGGGUUCUUGUGGAAUGGCCAAGGAGACCCCAGGAUGGGUGUUCCUGCCUCACACACUCUACUUUCUCCUUUGUCACAGAAGAAGCAUCACUUGAACUCAAAUUUAAGGAUUUCUCCAUGUGAUCCCACAGCACUGAACUGGGAUCUUGGAGGCCAGGGGCUCCAGGACCUGCCCCAUCAAGCACAGACCAUUUCCCCUCUGCUCUCUCCAACCACGGUGAUACCUUGACCUGCCCCAGGUCAUCACCACCAGCCUUGUUCCAGGCAUUUUGGCUGGAGUGAGGGGAUUCCUCUGCAUCAUGAAAGACAGGAGUAUCUUUAUUCAUUUGGUGGGGGAAGGGAGGGUUGCCUUUUUCGGGAAAAUUCCAUCCUGCUGGCUUGCCUUGUUGGAGGGUAAAUGGUACAUAUGUGUGUGUGAGUGUGUGUGUGUGUGAGUGACCCUGCCCAGGACAGUCCCUGCUCCCUCUGAGUGUGGCUGAGCCCUGCACAGCCAGGACUGGUGACUGUGCUGAGGAGAGGCUCCCAUCCAUCCUGUGUGACCUAUGGAACUGAGGGAGCAGCCAAAAGAGCACAGAGACCUCAGUACCCAGUGGCACACAGCCCUGGGGGUCUGCAGGAAGUGUCUCCCCCCCAGGCCUGUCUUGGAGAGGUUUCUGCACUCAUUCCUCAGCUGGUUUGUGCUUUGCUUGGCUGGAGGGGCUCUGUGAGUGUGGGGGUGUCUGGGAAGUGUUUGGCUGUAGCCUGGUGUUGAAUCUCUGCUCUGAGAUCUCCAGUGCCUGCCCUGGAGCCUUCCCUGCUGCCAUGGCUGAAGGGAGCACCCAGGGUCAGACCUGCCUUGCCUUUGCCCCCAGUACCUCCCUGUGUGCAGGCUGAAAGUGCCUGUUCAGUGUUCCAGGGCUGAGUGGCCAGUCCUGGAUGAUGCUGAGCCUCUCUUGCUGCUGUGUCCAGCAGCCUCAAGGCUCUCACAGCCCGUGGAGGGAGGGAGCUGGUGCUGGGUCAUUGCUGUCCUGAGGCAGGGGGUUUGAAGUGAGGAGAGUCCUGAUUUAGGGAUAGCAUUCUCCAAUUUAGUGCUCCCACUAAAACCCCCAUCCCCAGCAGGGUGGAGAGGGGAACUGGAGGCACAAAAGAUGAAGAUCACAAGUUGAGAUAAGAGCAAUUUACUGGAAACAGCAGUGAGAUAAAACAAACAGUAAAACAGCAGCAAUGUUAAUAACAGAAGUAUACAAAAGAGAGAAUGAUUCACCUGCAGAGUGCUCACCCUGACCUGACCACAGCCAUGUUCUACUGACCAGAGUAGACCUCUCCUCUGGAUCCUGCCCCUGUGUAUCUCCAAGGCAUCAGGACAUUGUGAUAAAGCCUUACACUGCUGUGGAUCUGCUGUGCCAGCCUUGGAUCCACCCAGCCCAGCAGAGCCCAGUGCUGCUCUCCCCCUCUAGCUGCAGGCAGGGCCCCUCUGCUUCUUGUCAGGGUGCUCACUGCUCACUCCUGCAGGGGUGCAGGUGCAUUCAGGAGGAUCAGAAGUGACAUUAGCCCUUUGAUUCUGACCACGUGCCCACUGGAAGCUGGGCUGGCAUUUAUCCCUGAAGAAUUUCCUGCAGUUGUUGUUUUUCCUCUCAGCUCACACACCCAUGCUUCUGGGACAGAGGUGGGUUUUCCUUCCCACUCCUCUUCUCCUCUCUGUGCUCAUGCAGGUAAAACCAUAGAUUGCCUUGUGGUGUGUCCCCUCUGUCUCAAAAGGGGGCCAGUUGCUCCCAGCAGCAGAGGCUCUGGUCUGUACUGGUGUGACAUGGGACAUUUCCUCAGUCCACAGCUCUGAACUGGAGGAUAAGUCCAGUCCUAAACUGGACCUGGGCUGGUUCAGUUUUUUUACACAGCUGCGACACAGGUUGGUAGGAAGGAAAAACAAUGAUCUUCAUCAUCAGAGUUGGGGAGUCACCUUUAACACUGUUUGUGUUCCUGUUCAGAUCUCUGAAUAACCUCUCUAGAAAUCUCUUGACUCCAAAGAUUAUGUGGACUGCACUAAGGUCAUCUGGCAAAAAUAUGACUUCCUUAACAUCCCAAGGGAACUCAGAACUUCAAAAGCUGUUUUAACAGGCCUCAAGCAGGAAAAGUGGGUGAAAGACUGGGGAAAAUCAUCCCCAUCAGUGCCAGUGAGGCUGUGCUCUGUACACCCUUCUGCCACAUGGAUGGUGUGCACUGGACCUCAUCUGCAUCUGCAGGGCACUGCUGCUUGUUUGAAUCCCUGGGGACCCCCUCUAACACAGCCAGUUCCCUCAGGUGCUGGGCAGCAUUUAUCCUAUUUAACCUUGUCCGUGCUGUUCCACCUGCUUGGGUGCACUGCUCCAUCAUCCCUGAGGGAACACCUUUCCCUCACACUUGGCAGGAGCUGCCUGCAGGGGCUGAGAGUUCCUGUGCUCUUCCCAGUCCCCUUGCCAAUGCCCAGGUCCCAGGACAGGUCCCAUUCCUUGGCUUCCAUCUGUUUCCAUGGCAUGGCUGCAGCACCCAACAUUGCAGCAGCUGGGUCACCAGGGGCUCACCCCCCUGGCAGCUGAAACCUCUUCACAUCUCAGCUCACUGGGGAUAGGGAUGGGAUGAUUACCUCCAGCCCUGCCUCCUCCUCCUCCUGCUGUGAGGGCCCUGCAUCCUCUUCAUCCCUCUAUGCAAGCUGAUUUGGUCUGGGAUUUAUUCUGUGUAGGGGUGACUGCAGCCAGCGUGGUUUGUCCCUGUGGUUCAGCUGCAGUUGCAGUGGCCAUGGUGCCUGCUGCUCUGCCUUCCUCCUCCUCCCCCGAGGGUGCUGUCUGGUGGGAAGCAGUGUCUGAUGAAUGCUGACCAGGGCCCAGCACACUGAAGUGAGGCUUCUGGCUGGAACUGCCACAGCAUUCUCCUUGCAAGUGCUCUGUCACUUUUACAGCAUCUUGUACUUGUUCAGGGGGACACUUCCCAACCAUUGCAGGAGAGGAUUUCUUCCAAAAGUGGUCCCUUUUCUCCCACAUUCCAUGCCAGUCAUGACUAUUCCCCAUCGGGGUAGAUCUCUGAAUAACCUCCCUAGAAAUCUCUUUACUCCAGAUUAUGUGGACUGCACUAAGGACACCUGACAAAAAUAUGAUUUCCUUAACAUCCCAAGGGAAUUCAGAACUUCAAAAGCUGUUUGAACAGGCCUCAAGGGAGAAAAGUGAGUGAAAGUCUGGGGAAAAUCAUCCUCCCCUGUUCCCCCCUGUUGGUCAUGAUUGUUAUUAAUGGAGUCCCAAAGGAAGUGCCUCAGGUAAGGGUAGAAGAGCAACACUCCAGACAUCCUAAGUGACCCUCACUGUCCUUGAUGUUAUCAUGUCAUAAACUAACAGAGCAAUCCUGAUCUCCCUCCCUGCUCUGAGACUGUAAGUGGGAGCAGAACUAUGUGCAGGGUUAGGUACCCACAUGGGCAGACCAGGCAACAUUGUCACCAGUGGCUCAGCACCUCAUACAGAAAAUGCUGAGAUCUAAUUUGUUUCCAACACACUCUGGACAGAUCUGUUGUUAUCUCAACUGUUCAAGCCCUACCUUGGAUGACAAAAAAAAAGCUGUUGUGGUUUAGGACUGGUAUUCCCCAGUUUAGUGUUCCCACUACAACUGUGUGCUGCCACACCCCUCACCUCCUUCCUUCCCUGUGGUGGGAUGGAGAAGAGAACUGGAGGCACAGAAGGUAAAAAAAAUCACAGGCAGAGAUAGGAACAAUUGAAUGAAAACAGCAAUGAGAGAAGAAAAAUUAACAGCAACAAUAAUAAUAACAAAAGUGCAACGAUAUUAAUAACAAAAGUGUACAAAAUAGAGCAAAUCACAUGCAAAUGCUCACCACAGUGUUACCCUGAUUGGAAGAGAUCCCUUCUCCCUGGAAGAGAGUCCCUUCCCCCUGCCCAGCAAUGAUGUGAGGUGGCCUAAAAGAAAAAGAACCUCUGGGCUCUGGCUAUGUCCCCUCCUGGCUACUGUAAAAAUUAACUCUGUCCUGGCUGGACCCAGGCCAGGGGUGACUGUGAUUCCAUAGCUCUGUGUGUGUGUGUGUGUGUGUGUGUGUGUGUGUGUGUGUGUGUGUGUUUAGCUCUUAGUUCCUGUGUGGGUUGAUGUUUCUCAUGCAGAAGAGCAUUUCUUGGCUGUUGUUCUGGUUUAGCUACCUCACGGUGCAAGCUGGGUGCUGUUGUCAUUGAGUUUCCUACUGGGGAUGGGGUGGGGAGUUUGUGGUGUAAGAAUCUUUUUUUUUUCUCUUAAUUAUUGUUUUUGUUAUGGUUUUGACACUUGAAUUCAUCCUGGGGACACUUGGCCUCGCUCCCACCUUGCUGCAUGUCUGAGCCACCCCCUGUGUUCCCUCCCUGCUCCUCCUGGGCAGGGAGCAGGGCUGGGGUCUCUGCCCCAGCUCCCACCUUUGCAGUGGGAUCCCCCAGAGCAGUUGCAACACCGAGAUUUUGCUCCCAUUCCUCGUGGGAUUCCUGGUCUGAGGAUCUGUGGUGUUGCCAUUGCUGACUGGGUUGGUUGGCAGCCUGGGUGUGGCUCCCAUCUGGUCCCAUGGAAAGGGGGCUCUGGAAGGCUCAGCUCAGCCCAGAUUUCUCCCUCUGCCCUCCCAGAUACUCUCUGUGGAUGUGAUGGAGCUCUGCUCUGGGAGAUGUCUCUGCAGAGCACAUUGCUGGGGUGGGCUGGUUCCAGCAGGGCCUGGGGGCUGGGAGAGCCUCUGCCCAGGCUGGGCAUGGGCUGUGAGAACCUGAUUCUGAUGUGUGAUGGCUUUUUCACUCCCAAAACAUGUAGUUGUGUCUAGAUUGAGUACCAGGCACUGAAUAUAAACUAGGGGAGCCCUGGAGCCCAGCUCAGGCUGGCAGCUGCCCUGGCACAGGGGUCAGGGGCUCUGAGCCAGUUUGGGGUGCAGGUCCUCCCAAACACUAAAGCACAAGGUCCCACAUGCAGGUGGGUCCAGGAGGGGUGGCCCUUUGGUCCCUGGCCCUCCAGAGCUCUGAUGGGACCAUGGGCUGAGACAGGAGGUGGAGGAGGAGGACUGGGCUGAAGGCUCUUUGCCUGUGGGUGAGCUGUUCCAUCCCUGUGCACUGUGCUGGCUGCUCCUUGCAGCUCUGGGGCCUGGCUGCACACCUGAAGUCCCCUCUGGUGGUCUCAGAGCCCCUCCAGGGCAAGGACACUUUGGAGCUGCCUUUGUAACACACACCUCACUUUUCCUUGCCCUUGGACACCUCGAUUUGUGACAAGGGUAUGAUCAUACCUGCACUCCUGCCUCAAGUUGCUGGGUUAUGCUUCUUUCCCCAGGGCCUAACUCUGGCUCUGGGGGUCUCCUCACCCCCAGCACACAGCUCCAGCCUCUGUGGAGGGAGCAGAGCUGCCCCAGAGCUGAGCUUUGCACAGCAGGGCUGGACCAGAGUCAGGAGCCUAAAAGCACUGGACCCCCAAACCACUGUGAGCCCUCCUGAGCAGUGUCCCCUCCCUGUCACCUACAGCUCUGAUGACACAGGCUGGGCUGCCCAGGAAUGGGAGCUCUGAGGUCCCAUCCUGUGCCCCCAGGUCACCUCCCCACCACCUGUGAGCACAGCUGCUUUGGGGUCUCAGUUGCUGCCUCCUGCCUUGGUGCUGCAAACUCAGUGCCUGCUUCCCAUGGUGCUCUCCCGGUGCCCCUCACCCUCACCAGUCCUCCCAGUGCUCCUCACCAGUCCUUCACCAGUCCUCCCAGUGCCCCUCACCAGUCCUUCCUGUGCCCUUACCAGUCCUUCCAGUGCCCCUCACCAGUCCUGCCUGUGCCCCUCACCAGUCCUUCCUGUGCCCUUACCAGUCCUUCCAGUGCCCCUCACCAGUCCUGCCUGUGCCCCACACUGGAGAGAGUCCAGGUACGAUCCCUGCCAAGCACGGGGCUCCAGUUUGCUUUCCACAGGCUCUGGAGCUUCACUGUCUCCUGCAGGCUGCUCGUCCUUCUGAGCCCCCCUCACCCUUCUGGAAAGGGACAAGGACCCCCAGCCCCUCCAGGUGCUGCAUGGUGCUCCAGCUGUAGCUGGGACAGAGGCCAGCACAGACCCAGCUCCCAGAAAAGCACAGCCCUGCACCUUCCUCCUCCCCAGGGCUCGUCCCCUCACCCACUACAGCUCUGCCCUGGUUCCUACCAGCUCCUCCUGGCCUGGCACCCCCAGGUGCUGCCCCACACGAGGCUGGGGCAGCUGCAGCACUGUGUCCCUGCUCCAGCACUCCUUUCUGCACAAGGAGCACAACAGCAGAUGCCUUUUCACACUCGGGGCUUUUCCCAGAGGCCAGCUGCCCUGGAGGCUGUGGUGUCUCUGUGGGGGCUGUGCAGCCCGGCCCUGGCUGGGUUUGUCAGAGCAUGAGGGGGGUGUGUGUGUUUUCUACCUUGGUGUGUUCCUGUAAAUAGUGUAAGUUAUUGUGCUCUCCUGCUGUACGUUUUUCAAUGGCUGUUUGUUUCUUGCCUUUUUGUCUUUGCAAAUAAAAUGUUCUUGACAUGAA